CCCCAUUCCUGAAACCCAGCGAAAGCAUCCUCUGACUGCCAGAUAGAGCAGUGUUUUGGCCACGCAAAUCUCCGCAGACCGGCUGUUGGGGGAAAAAAGUGUUAGCCGCCACUCCCGGAUCUGCAAGGGGGAAAAAAUUUGGAACCAUAAAGCUGAAAACUUUUUUCUCUCAGUUUGGAAGAAGCGGUUCGUCAUGAAUGGGAUCCGCCGAGUUCAGGCGAGAGGAGGCGAGAGGCUCAAAGGAGGGGAGAUUUCUCGCCUGCCGCUCGCGCUGGGGCUCGAUGUGAAUAUAUAUUAUGUCUGCCUGUUCUCCCCUCAUCGGUGGCUAAGGUCAACCGCUACGAACAGACCCCGGGAGGAGGGGGGCAGAAAGGGGAGGGGGGUCCGACGAGCCACGUGACCCCAGGGGUGCCAAUGUCCGGUCGUGAGGGUAUCAGGCCCUUGCAAGUUGCCACCCACCGCCCGGGCCUCGCCCAGCGAUGCAGAAAGCCACCUACUACGACAACGCCGCGGCCGCACUCUUCGGAGGCUACUCCUCGUACCCUGGCAGCAAUGGCUUCGGCUACGACGGUCCCCCUCAACCCCCCUUCCAGGCCGCCACGCACCUGGAGGGUGAUUACCAGCGCUCAGCGUGCUCGCUGCAGUCCCUGGGCAACGCCGCCCCGCACGCCAAGAGCAAGGAGCUCAACGGCAGCUGCAUGAGGCCCGGCCUGGCCCCCGAGCCCCUGCCCGCCCCGCCCGGCUCACCCCCGCCCAGCGCUGCACCUACCAGUACCACUAGCAACAGCAGUAACGGGGGCGGCCCCAGCAAAAGCGGCCCCCCUAAGUGCGGUCCCGGCUCCAACUCCACCCUCACCAAACAGAUAUUCCCCUGGAUGAAAGAGUCGAGGCAAACGUCCAAGCUGAAAAACAUCUCCCCCAGCACAGCAGAGGGCUGCGGCGGCGGAGGAGGCGGAGGAGGCAGUGGCGGCGGCGGGGGCGGCGGGGGCGGCGGCGGCGGGGGAGAGGACAAGAGCCCCCCGGGGUCGGCGGCGUCCAAACGGGCGCGGACGGCGUACACUAGCGCGCAGCUGGUGGAGCUGGAGAAGGAGUUCCACUUCAACCGCUACCUGUGCCGGCCGCGCCGCGUGGAGAUGGCCAACCUGCUGAACCUUAGCGAGCGGCAAAUCAAGAUCUGGUUCCAGAACCGGCGCAUGAAGUACAAGAAGGACCAGAAGGCCAAGGGCCUGGCCUCGUCUUCGGGGGGCCCCUCCCCCGCUGGCAGCCCCCCGCAGCCCAUGCAGUCCACGGCCGGCUUCAUGAACGCCUUGCAUUCCAUGACCCCCAGCUACGAGAGCCCGUCCCCGCCCGCCUUCGGCAAAGCCCACCAGAAUGCCUAUGCGCUGCCCUCCAACUACCAGCCCCCCCUCAAAGGCUGCGGCGCCCCUCAGAAGUACCCCCCGACCCCGGCGCCAGAUUACGAGCCUCAUGUCCUCCAAGCCAACGGGGGCGCCUACGGGACGCCCACCAUGCAGGGCAGCCCGGUGUACGUGGGAGGGGGCGGCUACGCGGAUCCGCUGCCGCCCCCUGCCGGCCCCUCCCUCUACGGCCUCAACCACCUUUCCCACCACCCCUCGGGGAACCUGGACUACAACGGGGCGCCUCCUAUGGCCCCCAGCCAGCACCACGGACCCUGCGACCCCCACCCCACCUACACAGACCUCUCCUCUCACCAUGCGCCUCCUCCUCAGGGUAGAAUCCAAGAAGCACCCAAGUUAACACACCUGUGAUGGGAGAGGGAGGGCUGAGGGGCAGUCCUGGGGUGGGGGAGACCCAGGAAGGGCGGGGGCUGUGGAGUUCUGGGGGACAGCCUGGAGGUCUGAAAGAGGAAGCAGGGAGGUGGCAGCCAGGUUUCCCCGGGAAGAAAGGGCAUGGAGUUCCUUCCCCUUCCCCUCGCCUGAGAAGUUGCUUUUUAAGUCCUGCAGCUCUUAAGUCCGCCUGCCAACCCAUUGGAAAGGAAUCUACAGCAGAUUGGAGAUGACCCUAUCAAUCCUAGGCCUCCAGCAAUACCCACUUGGAAUGCCACCCUCGAGAGUGGGGUAGAGAAAGAGGAGAUAGGGAAACAAGGCAGAGAAGCACAUUUUUAAAAAGACAAGAUGGCUAGGCCAUCACCAGCCAACCAACCAACUUACCUUCCGUCUAUGUGGGUAAUUCCCCCAAAUCUUGAUUUUUUUUUUUUUUCCUGGCAAUUCUCCUUUUUAAAAAAAAAAAAAUUGAAACACAUUUCAAAACCAAGGGCACAAAGCACGUACCCCUCCCACUUCCCUGAAUCCUCAAAUUUCUGUCAAUCGAUUUGAGGUUGAUUGGGCACUCCCUCCAUUUCUAGUCCCACACUUUUCCUGCUCUAGGACAUUAAUAUCUAUACCCCGCCCCCAUCAAUUACAGUCUUCAGAGGGCUCAGGGAUGGUGAGAGAUCCUGAAAGUCAGAGCUGUCUAUAUUAUAAAUAUAUAUAUAUAUUUUUUCUUUUAUGGCAGAGCUGGGAGGUGAGGGCAGGCAAGCUGUCAGGACUGAAGGUUUGCCCAUUCUGCUGCUUCGCAUCUCAGCUCCAGGUCCAUCCCCCUCUCUCCACAGAAAGCAGUCGGUGACACGAGGUUCUACACUUUUCUUUUCUCCCGUUGCUCUCUUGACUUAACGUGAAAACAGGGUAUAUUUUAACAAACUGUCUGUCCCAGGCGGGGUCUGCAGCUGGGCCUGUGUGCCUUGCUCAACCCGGACAGGACACUUUUGUUGCACUUAGAGUUUACAUUUUAAUGGAUAUAAAAACAACUGUGAGAGAUGCCUGGGCCUGCAGGAGUCCAGCAUUGCUCAAAAAGUGUGUGUUCUAGUGAACAUUUUCAUAUAUAUUUAUUGGUUAUAGCCUGUUAAAAUAUUUUCCUUUUUUGUAUUAUUUAUCCCCCUACAUUAUGUAUUUAUAUGAGGAAAAAGGAAAAAAUUGUACUUUUUUAGUAUUUACUUGUUAUAAAGGAUGUUGUGUUCCCUGUCAUGUAAAACCAGCUAUUUUAGUUAUAUUGUACUCUAGAAAAGAGCUGUAGAUUUAUGUUAAACUCGUACUUAUGAGCAAUUGUAAUUAGUUCUAAAAGGCAUGAACUCAGCUCCUAAUUGUCACUGUAUAGUCCUGAAUUUGUAGAAUUAGAGUUAAUUCCCUCUUGGAACUUUCUUUGUUCUGUAGUUACUUUUUUCCUUACUUAAAAGGGUUGUCUGUCAAACAAUUCUUGAAUAAACUUUCUGUUAUCAAUUUUA